AUGGGAAACCACCUGGACCGGAUAACCCACCUCAGCUACAGCGAGCUGCCCACCGGAGAUCCGUCCGGACUGGAGAAAGAGGAGCUCAGAGUUGGAGUGGCAUACUUCUUCUCAGACGAAGAAGAGGAGGUGGAUAUUAUUUUUGUAUAUUUUUUCAAUAUGUUGCAACUUUGUUAAUUGUACUGUGUGUAUCAGUGCAACCAGGGAUCCUCUGAACACAUCAACAACUGCCUCCUACCAAGCACCGUUACCCGUCGCUCCACCAAAGCGGUAACAACUACUUCAAGGUCUCAGAGCGAGCGUCGUCACCGAUUUUAAACGCUACUAUCGCACACCGCUUACUAGCUAGUCAUUUCACACCAGUUACACAUGUUUCAUGUGCAUAUGACAAAUUAACUUGGAUUUUGUUACAUCUUUUCUUUCAAUAUAUAUUUUUUCUGUAGGCCUAUAUUUUAUAUAAUAUAUCUUUGUGCUUUAUUGGUGUUUUUAUUGAAGUGUGAAAAUAUUUGUGCCUUGUUUUUUUUCCCUAGGCUACUUAUUGCAUGUAUAUGUUAUAUGUAUACUUUUUUUUUAAUGUACUUUACUCAAACCAGUGAAAAUCACUUAUUAUAAAUAAGGUCAUUAACUAUCAGCUCUUGGAAAAUCCAGGGCCUGUAUUCUUCUCAUUUUGGUUCUAUAAUAUAUAUUUCUACUAUAUAUAUACUUCUAUAAUAUCUUUCGUGUGUGUGUGUGUGUGUGUGUGUGUGUGUAUAUACAGCUGCGGAAAAAAAUAGAGACCACUGCAAAAUUAUCAGUUUCUCUGGUUUGACGAUUUAUAGGUAUGUGUUUGGGGAAAAAAUUACAUUUUUGUUUUAUUCUAUAAACUACUGACAACAUUUCUCCCAAAUUCCAAAUAAAAAUAUUGUCAUUUAGAGCAGUUAUUUGCAGAAAAUGACAACUGUUCAAAAUAACAAAAAAGAUGCAGUGUUGUCAGACCUCGAAUAAUGCAAAGAAAAGAAGUUCAUGUUCAUUUUUAAACAACACAAUACUAGUGUUUUAACUAAGGAACAGUUCAGAAAUCAAUAUUUGGUGGAAUAUCCCUGAUUUUCAAUCACAGCUUUCAUGCGUCUUGGCAUGCUCUCCACCAGUCUUUCACAUUGAUGUUGGGUGACUUUAUGCCACUCCUGGCGCAAAAAUACAAGCAGCUCGGCUUUGUUUGAUGGCUUGUCACCAUCCAUCUUCCUCUUGAUCACAUUCCAGAAGUUUUCAAUGGGGUUCAGGUCUAGAGAUUGGGCUGGCCAUGACAGGGUCUUGAUCCAUCCACACCUUGAUUGACCUGGCUGUGUGACAUGGCGCAUUGUCCUGCUGGAAAAACCAAUCCUCAGAGUUGUCAGAGCAAAAGGAAACAAGUUUUCUUCCAGGACAACCUUGUACGUGGCUUGAUUCAUGCGUCCUUCACAAAGACAAAUCUGCCAGAUUCCAGCCUUGCUGAAGCACCCCCAGAUCAUCACAGAUCCUCCACCAAAUUUCACAGUGGGUGCGAGACACUGUGGCUUGUAGGCCUCUCCAGGUCUCCGUCUAACCAUUAGACGACCAGGUGUUGGGCAAAGCUGAAAAUUGGACUCAUCAGAGAAGAUUACCUUACUCCAGUCCUGUACGGUCCAACCCUUAUGGUCUUUGGCAAACCUCAGCCUGGCUCUUCUUUGCUUCUCAUUGAUGAAGGGCUUUUUUCUAGCUUUGCACGACUUCAGCCCUGCCCCUAGGUGCCUGUUUCGAACCGUCCUCGCCGUGCACUUCACCCCAGCUGCCGUUUGCCAUUCUUUUUGUAGGUCCCUUGAUGUCAUCCUAUGGUUGUUGAGUGACAUUCGAAUGAGUUGGCGGUCAUCCCGGUCAGUAGAGAAUCGUUUUCGCCCUCAGCCGGUCUGUAGCUUUGUUGUCCCCAAUGUCUGCUGCUUGACCUUGUUCUUAUGAACCGCCGUCUUUGAAAUGUUAAGGAUGGAAGCAACCUGACGCUCACUGUAUCCCUCUGCCAGUAAAGCCAGAAUUGAACCCUUCUUUUCCUCACUCAAAACUCUCCUUUUCAACUCUUUUGGCAUGGUCAAUAGUUAUUUUUUGAUUAAUAUUACUUUUGAGGUACUAUUAACACUGUUUUUGCCAUCCAGCUGGUCCUAUUGCAAGAGGAUAGUGAUGACCACAGCAGUGGUUUUUAUACUUUUCCUCGUUAAAUAAGUGAAUAAGUGGUUCAUGUGAUCACCUAAUCAGUACCUAAUUCAGUAGAAUGAGGUGUGCCUGUGUUGGAAUUCAACAGACACUGGAAUGGAAUGGCUGUCAUACAUGUAGAGAUGCUGAUUUAAGAAACAUUUGGUCUCUUAAUUUUUUUUCCACAGCUGUAUAUACACUUAGGUUGGAAUCAUUAAAACUCAUUUUUCAACCACUCCACACAUUUCUUGUUAACAAACUAUAGUUUUGGCAAGUCGGUUAGGACAUCUACUUUGUGCACGACACAAGUAAUUUUUCCAACAAUUAUUUACAGACUGUGCCUUUAAACAGCUUGGAAAAUUCCAGAAAAUUAUGUAAUGGAAGCUUCUGAUAGGCUAAUUGACAUCAUUUGAGUUAAUUGGAGGUGUACCUGUGGAUGUAUUUCAAGGCCUACCUUCAAACUCAGUGCCUCUUUGCUAGAAAUCAAGGGAAAAUCAAAAUAAAUCAGCCAAGACCUCAGAAAAAGAAUAGUAGACCUCCACAAGUCUGGUUCAUCCUUGGGAGCAAUUUCCAAACGCCUGAAGGUACCACGCUCAUCUGUACAAACAAUAGUAUGCAAGUAUAAACACCAAGGGACCACGCAGCCGUCAUACUGCUCAGGAAGGAGAUGCGUUCUGUCUCCUAGAGACGAACGUACUUUGGUGCAAAAAGUGCAAAUCAAUCCCAGAACAACAGCAAAGGACCUUGUGAAGAAGCUGAAGGAAACAGGUACAAAAGUAUCUAUAUCCACAGUAAAACGAGUCCUAUAUCGACAUAACCUGAAAGGCUGCUCAGCAAGAAAGAAGCCACUGCUCCAAAACCGCCAUUAAAAAAGCCAGACUACGGUUUGCAACUGCUAAUGGGGACAAAUCUCGUACUUUUUGGAGAAAUGUCCUCUGGUCUGAUGAAACAAAAAUAGAAUUGUUUGGCCAUAAUGACCAUCGUUAUGUUUGGAGGAAAAAGGGGGAUGCUUGCAAGCCAAAGAACACCAUCCCAACCGUGAAGCACUAGGGUGGCAGCAUCAUGCUGUGGGGGUGCUUUGCUGCAGGAGGGACUGGUGCACUUCACAAAAUAGAUGGCAUCAUGAGGAAGGAAAAUUAUGUGGAUAUAUUGAAGCAACAUCUCAAGUCAUCAGUCAGGAAGUUAAAGCUUGGUCGCAAAUGGGUCUUCCAAAUGGACAAUGACCCCAAGCAUACUUCCAAAGUUGUGGCAAAAUGGCUUAAGGACAACAAAGUCAAGGUAUUGGAGUGGCCAUCACAAAGCCCUGACCUCAAUCCUAUAGAACAUUUGUGGGCAGAACUGAAAAAGCGUGUGCGAGCAAGGAGGCCUACAAACCUGACUCAGUUACACCAGCUCUGUCAGGAGGAAUGGGCCAAAAUUCACCCAACUUAUUGUGGGAAGCUUGUGGAAGGCUACCCGAAACGUUUGACCCAAGUUAAACAAUUUAAAGGCAAUUAUACCAAAUACUAAUUGAGUGUAUGUAAAUAUCUGACCCAUUGGGAAUGUGAUAAAAUAAAUAAAAGCUGAAAUAAAUCAUUCUCUCUACUAUUAUUCUGACAUUUCACAUUUUUAAAAUCAAGUGGUGAUCCUAACUGACCUAUGACAGGGACUUUUUACUAGGAUUAAAUGUCAGGAAUUGUGAAACACUGAGUUGAAAUGUAUUUGGCUAAGGUGUAUGUAAACUUUCGACUUCAGCUGUGUGUGUGUGUGUGUAUAUAUAUAUAUAUAUAUAUAUACACACACACACACACACACACACACACUACCGGUUUAAAAGUUUUACUCAUUCAAGGGUUUUUCUUUAUUUUCACUAUACUCUACAUUGUAGAAUAAUAGUGAAGACAUCAAAUAUAAUUUGAUUUCAGGUGGACGACGCAGGAGGUGGCGGAGGAGGUUACACCAGCCAGGAGGGCCCCGGGGCGGUCAGCGAGCUGGAGUACUCCGCCUUCUGCUCCCAGGAAUGCAUCUUCUCCAAACUGCGCGCGAACGAGGAUUUGAACGUGUACUCCACCAAAACUUUGCUCUCCAUGUGCAAGCCAGGGGACCUUGUGGAGCUAGUAUCCACCUCCCAGGCACCUCACUGGGCUGUGUACGAGCUCAACGACCAGGUGAUACACCUGCAUGAGGGGGAGAUACGGAAGGACAGCCUGACUGAGAUAGGACAGGGCCGGCACGGACGGAUAGUGAACAGCCGCUACCGCUUCCGGCCGCUGCCCUCCGACCUGGUGCUGCAGAACGCCACUGGCCACCUGGGCCUACGCAGCGGGGACAUCUGCUGGACCAGCUCUGAGAGCUUCGCCGCCUGGUGCCGCUUCGGGAAGCGGGAGUUCAAGGCGGGAGGCGAGGCACACUCGGCAGAGCAACAGUACUUUCUCAAAGUGCAUCUCGGUGCCGGGACUCGGAAUGGACACACGCUGGUGUUCCGUAGCCUCGAGGAUAUGAUCCGGGAGAGGAGGAGGGUUGACGCUAGUGGGAUUCGGAAGGAGCUGUCUUUAGGGGUCAACGGCGGAAAGGAGUGA